GGUUCUAGAGUGAGCCCAACGGGAAGCCCAUAUAAGUCUUUCUAUUAUCUCUAGUUCCCCUUCGGAGAAGGAAGAAGAUCGCAGAGCUCCAAUUCCAAAUGGGGUCGAUUCUGGGAGAUUUACCGUCCUUCGAUCCUCACAAUUUCAGUCAACAUCGUCCCUCCGACCCUUCUAAUCCCUCUAGGAUGGUUCCAACUACGUAUCAUCCAACUCACAACCGUACUCUUCCACCUCCACAUCAAGUGAUAACUACGGAAGUAAAGAACAUACUCAUACGCAGCUUCUACCAACGAGCUGAAGAUAAGCAGAUGAGACCAAAGAGACCGGCUUCAGAACAUCUGGCGGGUGAGCACGGGAACAAGCAUUUCCGUGCUUCCUCAUCAUCUGCUCAGGGUUUAUAAAAGCUUCUCCUGCUUCCAAAGCCUGGCUAUAUUGGGGCUGUUUCCUUGAAGUGGAUCGUUUCUAAGCUAGAUCCCUUAGCCUAGAAGAGCCUGUUUUAAAAACACAGAUACCAGGUGAGUGAAUUGUGGUGUACAGAUCAUGGCAGAGGAAAGUGAUAGUAGUAGUGGCAGCAAAUGGAAAGAGCGAGCAAUUUUUUAAGUAUGGCCAAAAGCAGUAGUAGCAUACAGGUUGGUGGAAUUGGUUUAGGAAGAAGAAGAGACACAUUGAAAGAGAAGUAGCAGAGAUGAGGAGCCUUUCGCAAUUGUCAUUUUAACAAAGACUUGUAAUUAAUUGCAGCUUUGGUUCAAGUACUUAUAGAUUGGAUGUUUUACUUGUAAAAGACCAAAAAUCACAAGCCUCGGUUUGGUUUAAUAUUCCACAAGUUGUAUCGAAUUUAGACCCGGUUUAUUUUCAAACCAAGUUAAUAUAUAUUCCAAACCAAA